UUCUCCCUUCAAACUUGAGAUCCUACCAAUUUAGACCAAUUGCAAGACAUAAAGAGAAUCUACGUACGAUAAAUUUCCAACAUGGCACAAGUCCCCAAGCGACAGAUGGCGCAGAUCAUCUAUAACGUUGGAGGUCCGGUCAAGUACGAGGAGAUCGAUGUUCAGGAGCCUGCCGCCGAUGAAGUCCUUGUGAACAUCAAAUUCUCUGGUGUAUGUCACACGGAUCUGCACGCUGUGAAUGGCGACUGGCCUCUUCCUACCAAGCUACCAUUGGUCGGUGGCCAUGAGGGUGCUGGUGUAGUCGUAGCUCGCGGUGAGCUCGUCAAAGAUGUAGAAAUCGGUGAUCACGUCGGUGUAAAGUGGAUCAAUGGUUCUUGUCUGUCUUGCGAUUUCUGCCAGCGCUCGGACGAGCCUCUCUGCUCCAAGGCCCUUCUAUCAGGUUACACAGUGGACGGAUCCUUCCAGCAAUACUGUAUUGCCAAAGCCGCUCAUGUGGCUCGUCUUCACAAGGACAUACCACUUGACGCAGUUUCCCCUGUUCUCUGCGCUGGUAUCACUGUCUACAAGGGCUUGAAGGAGUCUGGUGCCCGUCCGGGCCAGACUGUCGCCAUCGUCGGUGCUGGCGGUGGUCUCGGCUCCUUGGCUCAGCAAUACGCCAGGGCUAUGGGUCUGAAGACUAUUGCUAUUGACACUGGUGAUGCCAAAGCAGCCAUGUGCAAAGAGCUUGGAUCCUACGCCUUUGUCGAUUUUGCUAAGAGCAAAGAUGUGGUCAAAGAUGUCCAGGCCGCCACACCAGAUGGUCUAGGCCCUCAUGCUGUCAUUCUCGUUGCUGUUAAUGAGAAGCCAUUCCAACAAGCUGCCGAGUAUGUUCGUCCACGAGGAACUGUCGUCUGCAUUGGUCUUCCAGCAGGUGCAUACCUCCGCGCUCCUGUCUUCGACUCUGUCAUCAGGAUGAUCACCAUCAAGGGUUCAUACGUCGGUAAUCGUCAUGACACUUCUGAGGCUCUUGAGUUUUACCGCCAGGGCUUGAUUAAAGCUCCCUAUAAGGUUGUUGGUCUCAGUGAGCUCCAAAUGGUGUACGACAAAAUGGUUGCGGGUGAUAUCGCUGGCCGAUACGUUCUCGACACCAGCAGAUAAGAGGGAAUGACCAUGAGUGCAGCUUUGUAUGC